AUGCGCUUGUCCCCACUUCAAGUCUGCAUUGGAGCUUUUGCUUCCGCAGCCGGGGCAACCACGGUCACGGACAAUGCGGCAUUCGCCUCCAACAAGACGUUUGACUUUGUCAUUGCCGGCGCUGGCCUGUCCGGAAUUACCGUGGCCAACAAGCUCAGCGGCCAAGGUCAUUCCGUGCUUCUGUUGGAAGCCGGCCCCGACGGCUCAUGGAAUCCAGCGAUAUGGGAUGUAGAGCGCUCAGUGUACCCAGCUGUGUUUUGCAACUGGAAGUACCCCGUUUACGACGACGCCGGGAAUAAACUCAACUCCACGAUUGACGCCGGCGCUUGCAUCGGCGGAUCAACAUCCAUCAAUGGAAUGGUAUGGUACAGGCCAACCAAGGCAGAGAUUGAUAAGCUGGAAACGCUGGGCAAUCCCGGGUGGAACUGGGACAAUCUCGAGCCGGUAGGCACCAGACUCAUCAUGGUUUCCAGAACAACGUUACGAUCAGCAACUAACCCUAACCCUAACCCCAAGUACAUGAAAGCAAUAGAGCGCAAUCACCCCCCAACAGCCGACCAAGUCGCCCAAGGGGCCGGCUAUGACCCAGAAGUGCACGGAUACCACGGACAAGUCAACACUUCGUUUCCUACGCCCAUGCGUAUUCCCAAGGCGGUACAGCUGUACAAGAAGGGCCUGCCUCUCGUGUUCACGGGGCUCGAGGUUGGAAAUGACCUCUCCAGCCGCACCUCGGUUGUAUCAGCGUCCACGUCCUGGACCAUCUGGAACGAUCCGGUGACGGGCAAACAUGUACGGUCUUCGGCCGCGGACGCCCUUCUCUGGGCGCCGGACCAGCAGAGGACAACCUUGACCGUGCUUGCCAACCAUACCGUCGCCAAGGUCACCUUUGACAAAGACCUCCAGGCCACUGGGGUUCUUUUUUCAAGCAGCUUGGCCAGAGACGCGGGAAAAGUUUACACUGUCAAGGCCAGAAAAUCCGUCAUCCUCUCCGCUGGUACAUUGGCCACGCCGGCGAUCCUGGAGCGCUCCGGGGUCGGAAGGGCAAGUGUCUUGUCGGCGGCCAACGUUGCACAGCUGAUUGAUCUGCCGGGCGUGGGUGUCAACCUCAAUGACCAACCCGGGUCUACGACAUAUGCUCACAUGUCUGAGAACCAUCAGAAUGACACCUCCCUGGUAGACGGUGGCAAGCUGUUUGGUCCAGAGAUCUCUUUGGUCAAUAUUGACGAGAUAUGGGCUACUGGUAGGGGUCCUUUCUUUGAAUCUGUGCCGGUUGCCGAGUUCAUCGCCGAGACGUACCCGGCCGUCUUUGGCGCCCCUUUCUGGCCUCUGAUGCCCCUGUCAAGAGGCCAUGUACAUAUUCAUUCUGCGGAUCCAUUCGAGGUCCCCGUCAUUACGCCCCGGUUCCUCACGGACCAGUUUGACCAGCAGGUAGCGGUUGCAGUGGCACGACUUUCGCCAGCGCUCUGGGCUAGUACGGCGUUUGAAGGGUUUGUAGACGACGCUUACUAUGACCCUGAGAUUGGGCCCAACGGUACCGACGCCGAGUAUCUCGCGUGGUUGAAAGGGACGGCCGGGCCUGCUAGUCACUGGAUUGGGUCGACGGCCAUGAUGCCACGGCAUCUGGGCGGCGUGGUGGACUCUCGACUACGGGUGUAUGGAGCUAAGAACCUCCGCGUUGUUGAUGCUGGGAUCCUCCCGUUUCAACUUACCUCGCACACGAUGUCGACUCUGUAUGCUGUUGCUCAAAAAGCAGCCCAGCUCAUCUUGGAGGACUGCAACUAG